ACGGUCCUCGCUACACUUAAGGCGGGUUCCUACUUCGGAGAGAUCAGCAUUCUCAAUAUGGGGACUGCAGGUAACCGACGAACAGCCAGCGUACGCUCAGUGGGUUACUCGGAUCUAUUCGUCCUCAGUAAGAAGGAUAUGUGGGAUGUGUUGAAGGAAUAUCCUGCUGCUAGAAUUCGACUGGAAGCCAUCGCGGUGAAAAGACUGGAGAAGUACAAAAGGGCUCCUCUCGAAAAAGCUGCAAUGGGACGAUGUCAAAGUACACCAGGACUCGUAGAAUCACGAGGUCGUAUACCACUAGAAGAGAUGUGGAUUUCACCUACAGACGUGAAAUCAUCUCAUACGUACUCAACUGGUCGAUCGUUAUUCUCACCUAGUCCAAGUCCAGUAGCGUCUCGUGGUUUAGUAAGCACUGAAAACAACACCAACGCGAACAACGUUGCAAGAAGCAUGGAUAGUCCAAUAAGUGCCACAAGUAGCGGCCAUAGCAGCGAGGAUCAGACCACUAGAGCACCACAAUCUGUUACUACACAACCCUCGACUGGCAGACAAUCCACACACUCUGGCAAGUAUUUCUUCUCAGAUACCAGAAACUAAAAAUAUUAAAUCAUUACUUAUGAAAUUUUCAUCCUUAACGGUAUUUUUAAAAGGAUAUAACUUUUAUAAGGCAAGCACCAUUGCAAUCGCCACACUUCUUUCAUUAUUUUACAAAUUUGUUGAUUAUACGUUGACUAAAUCUUAUACUCUAGUAAUUUUAAGAGGAUAUAAUUUGUAUUGCACUGAUUUUACACAAAAUAAGCAAUAUUUUACCAUUGCAAUAUGCAUACUUUUUUCAACAUUUUAAAAAUUUUUGGGUUUUAUGUUCAUUGCAACUUCAAUUUCUGGCAAGGUGUUUGGAAAAAGGAAAUACUGUUAUUGACAAAUCGAGCGAAUACACAUAUUUAACGGAAUACAAGUUUAUUUUAGUUUCGGUAUUCCCAAAGUAUAAAAUAGAUAUACUCCACAAACAAAAUUUCUUUAGUUUCAUGGCCCUUAUAGAUAAUAAGGGAAUAUGGAGAUUGCAAAACUUUUGUUUACAUGAAACUACUGUAAAUGUAAUUUCUGCGGGUGAUUAGCGAUUUUCUCUCGUUCGAUAUUGUAAGGUACUGUCCAGAGUACGAGAGAAAACUUUCGGGACGGGAAUGGGGCUAGAGGGACGAAAAGAGCAUCGCAGUGGAUAGAUUGUAACGUUGCCGCCUUUUGUCACACGCAUUUUCGGCAAUAAUGCGCUAUUUGUCGAGGCGGACAUAUACACUAAUCGGUCGCAUGACGCGGAGAGUGGGUCAGAUAUAUGUAGAACAAGCGAGACAACGAGCGAUACGUUGAGCGGCAUUCCAUUGUCGUAGUGUCCAAAAGUUUUACGCAUCGCGUAAGAGGAAAAAGAUAGAGUUUUUUAACAUAUAGUAGCAAUACAGUGUUCAUUCCAUAUAAGCAAAAAUGCCCUUUCCGAUAUAAGCAAAAAUGUUAUCCCCACCACUGGGGGGAAGACCCCCCGAGACGCCCGAGGUUCGCUCGCCGGGAAAUGUAACGUGAUCCGGGUAUUAGUGUAUCCGUGAGACAAUACCAAUGCAAAUAUAAAACUUUUUUAUUUUUGACUUUUUCGUUAUCAAACUUUUACCAAUUAAUUCUU